GCUAAUCAAAUACGGCGCGAGUUGUGCGCUGUACUGGAAGCAUGCCGGCAUCAUACAUUUCUCCCAAAUUUUUCAUAUUUUCAUCUAUGCAGUUUGGCGACAGGGGCGCUGGGCACUUCAAGAAAUAUGUAAGCUGGAUGUAAGAAAUUUGUUCGAUGGAUAAAAAGUCUAAUGGUUGCUCCCAAGUUUGGACCACAUACCCGAGGAUUCCGGACAGGGGGUUCAGAGUUGAAGUACGAGGUUUGCAGGUUUUGUAAUAUCUAUGGACGAGCACGAUAUUUAUGCGGAUGAUAAUGCCUUGAUCCAUACGCUACCUUAUGAGACGAUGAGAGAUCUGAGCAGGAUAUUAGAUGCUGGGGAGACGUGGAUAGAGUUAGCUACCAGAAUGCCCGACAUCUCCACCCAGGAUGUCGAGGGAUGUCGUCAGUUUGGUGCAUCUCAAAAAGGAAGUCCAUCGGAGUACUUGUUGAGAGUAUGGGCCAGCAAAGGAUACUCUAUUUUGAGUUUGUACAAUCUCUUUGCAUUGACUCGAAUGGUUCGUUGUAUGCGGAUUAUACGGGAUCAAGUCUCUGAUGCUCAUCACUAUCUUGAAGAUUAUGCGCUGACAGCAGAUAGUGGUUUGGAACCUUCAUCAACACAAAACUACCAGCAAUACACCAGAGGUCGACAUGCAUCGGUCUCGGUAAAACGUAACGAACCGCAGCAGCCGACGCAUCCUCCUAGUGUCUCUACACAGAGAUCAUCCACUGCUACGUCAACGAGUGAUACAUCAUCAUCAGGAUUCAGAAUGGUGAAACGGAAAAGAUCAGCCAGCGCUUCCGCCACAGCUAGAAAUAAAUCCAAGGAUGGUCCAAGUAAAACCGUCUUUCCUUGCUCUAAUAGUGGCUUAGUCAUCAUGCUCAUUUUACCUGGUGAACGUUACUGCUUUUAUGGCACAGCACGUGUGCAGUGCUUAGCUGGAGAGUUGGUCGUUGAUAGGUAUCGUUUGCCUGCUAAUGGACAGUUAGAUUUUGACUCUAUGUAUCCGGUAUGCGCACCUUACCGGAUGAAUCGACCGGCCCUCUUUUCUUCACCAUCAACAGGCGGCAUACUAAUGAAGUAUAAGCUCAGUCGCUUGAAAUACCGUCUGAAAGAGAUCACUCCUCAUUACGAAAAAGUCAUGGAUGCCAUUGGUGAGAAAUAUCCUGCCGUUAUUCUUAUCGACCGCAAGCCUUCCCAUACUUUAAGAGUAUUGGAUCAGCUUUUGCAGGACUUUUUCGUACCGUCAUCCCUUCGCUCUUCAAACGAGUUCGAUCGAACACUUUUCUUCAAAUCGGAUUAUGCUCCCUAUAUGGAAUUAUCCGAAGAACACUUGCAAGAGGCGUUAACAAAGAUAAAUGUGAUGAGAAGCAAAGGUAAGCAAUGCACAGUGAUACCUGUCGGAACUUCUGGUUCGGGAAAGUCAACACUGGUUCGUCAUAUCAUCAACGAAAGUUUGCAAAUAGAGAGCACUCCUAUCUAUUUACUGGAUGCAGAUGUGGGUCAAGCCGAGUUCACUCCAGCUGGUUGCAUGUCGCUUUGGAAGGUUUCAAAGCCGAUUCUCGAUGUACCAUGCACUCAUCAGAAACAAAGCUACCCCUGUGCAUAUUUUUUUGGCAACAUCAGCCCAGCGGAUGACACAGAGAAAUACAAGAUGAUAUUCGAUCGAUUAUUGAAUGAGUUUCAAACUACUAGUGAAGUUGGAUCACUUCUGAUCAUCAAUACCAUGGGCUGGGUGGACGGGCUGGGAUGUGAAUUGUUGGAUCAUAUAUUUGACGUCGCACAACCCAAUGUUGCGUUUAAUUUGUCACAAGGUCGCGGCUCCUUCGUAAUUCCGAGCUAUGGGAGGACCGUACUCAAUAUCAACUGCAAGUAUAGACCAUUCCAAUUGAAACUUCAUGAUAGUCAUCAACCAGCUCGCCUAAUUUCGUCACAAAUGAGGGAUCUUGCUUUUUUGGCGUAUAUCGCGCCCGUACUGCCUCGUCCCAUUCUUUCGUCCAUUUGUGAUGCGCAGCCAUACUGUGUGGAGUUCAAAAACAUAACCAUUUGCAUACCGGAUGACCAUUCUUAUGUGGACGAUCGCUAUUUCUUUGCAACUCUGAAUGUCCAGAUUGUUGCUCUUUGCUCGGAACUUGGUGACCAGCCACUGGAUGUCCGACGUUUGCUUGGUGAUGAAACUUUACCCAACAUUUCCAUUACUUCCCCAAGCUCGCCACUUUUGCGAUGUCAUGGAUAUGGAAUCAUAAGAUCUGUGGAUGUCGAUAAAAAGAUGUUCUACCUACUUACUCCUCUAACAUUGUCAGAGCUUUCUUAUGUGACAGUAUUAGCGCGAGGCACCGACAUGCUAGUGCCUCAGCUCCUUCUGGAAUGUCAGUCGGUGACAAGCGUACCGUAUCUCUCUCGUCCCGCCCUUGCGUCUACUUCUGGAAUCAUUUCUGAUCUUUAUGGAGGACUCAAAAAUAUCAGACAUGGAAGGCGCGAGUAUUUCCCAUCUACAAAUUGAUUUAGUAUUUAGCUUUAGCUCGUCGGAAAAAUAAUGUAGAGAUGAUAUGAGUUGUUAACUGUUGUUGUUGCAUGUUGAAAUAAAAAUCGCUGAAGUGAAGUGCUAAGCCAUGGCGACAGUCAACUCUUUUCUCAC